AUAUAUAUAUUGAUGUGAUGGCGCUGGUGUAUGGAAAAUGGCCAAAGGGAGGCGUAUUUCAUUUGACAGUCGCAAUUCGCAAUCGUUCGCGACACAUGUGGAAUCAUUUUAUUGUUGUUCACCGAAAUUUAAAGAAAGACAAAUGACGCUUGCGAAUGACAAGUGGAACGCACUUUUGAUCAUUCUGGAGGAACAUCUUUCUGAUUUCGAUCUUGCGAAAGUGACCAAAAUAAACCAUUCGCAGUGGAACUAGUGGAAGGCAAUUUAUAGGUUAUCGAAUGACUUGAAGACACGUUUUAAUAUAAGAUGAUGAGGUUUUGCCCGCUAUGUAUAAAAAAUGGCCUAAAAAGAAAAGUCAAGGCCUUUCAAAUCAACUUCGAGGAAGCAGUAUGGUCUUGUGAGACGGAAAAUUGCCCCUGGCCAAUUGGUUAUGAAGAAACAACGUUUUUCCAAAGAAACGCUUUUACUUGCGAUUGGAAUGAAGAACUAUCUCCUCCGAUUGGUAUCCCUGAAGAGAGUAUAUCUACGACAAUGGAAUUGUUACUUUAUACUCCACCUGUAACUCCUAGUGGAGAGCUUUCCAAAGAAUCAACUGACAGUGUGAGCACUGAAUAUUUAAUCAAUCCUUCAUCAGAAAACAAACUUGAUGAAACAUUAGUUAAAAAUAAAGUUAUUUCAACUAAAGAACCUAUAGGCUUUCUGCCAACAUUAGAACUAAGCGAGCUAGACAGUAAUAAUAUUAUUGAAGAAAGAAGGAAUAGUACAAAAGAAGAAAAUGCAAAUAUGAGUGUUUGUAAAGCAUCGCCUAAAAUCACUAAUAUUCAGAAGACUCAGCUCGAUAUUACAUUUUUAUUAAAAAGUGACAAAUGUGCUGGUGAUAAAAAAAUACACAAAUAUAAACAUUCCCCAAUAGAUGCAACUAUGACGAAAAUUGCUGAAAAUACAUUGUUCGAGAAUACAUUAUGCAAAGAGGUUGAUUUAGAUACACAGUGUAAUAUAGAAAGCAAGCAGAAUAAAAAUAGCGAAUUGGGUGAUAAAAUGAGUGGGGCAGAAACAAAUUUGAAUACAGAGUUAUUAUUGGAGACUGAUAAACCAAUGGUUGUUGCAAAUAAGAUAAAUAAUAUAAAUACAACAAUUAAUUCGUCAUUGAAUAACUCAGAUGUUAAUUUAAGUAUAGAUAAUAUAAUAGAAGAUAUUUUAAGUACAGAAAAUCAUAUAACUGAAAACAUAAAUAAUGAUUGGUUACAUUCACUCAUUGAUAUAUAACUUAAUUUACUAUCAUUUAUUAAUGAUAAGAAAAUAAUUAUAUAAAAAAAGACUGAGACAUAUACACACUGUAGACUCUAAAGGUUAUAUCAAGAUACAAAUGUUGACAUAAUAAAAUGUUGACAAAACUAAAAUAUUUUGAUGCAAUAUAAAAAAUAUAAUAAAAAGCAUUAUUACCUGUUUUGAAAAAAA